GCUGGUGGUUACAGUCGCGACGUGUUCCGCUUCGCCACGAAGCCGCUGAAAACUGUAGUGGAUAUUCCGUGGUCCUGGCCGGCGGCUUGGUUCCACCCACCUAACGAUCUCCAGUUCCUCCUCUCCGAAUCAUUUGAUGCCAUUGCUUCCGUCACAUGGAUGCAUGUUUCAGCGGCUAUCUCCAGCGCUUCAAUCUUAAUCAUGGCGCGUCGCAGCAGUCGGUUGAGCUGGCUCGAUCGCGAGGCCCUCAUCAGCAGCUAGCGAGUGCAGGGGAACACCCCGUGUGCCCGCAGCCACUUUUUUAACUUGCGUCUUGGAGGCAUAGGGGCGGGGCUGUCACGUCGCGGUAGUUGAGGGGCAUCUCUUCUUCCAGUUGAGUUCGCCUCUCCCCACAGGCUGCGCGGGGUGGGGGAAAGAAGCUUCCCUGUCUUCCUGAGGAUACAUGCUUCGUUGCUAGAGCGCUUGCUGUUGUUGGAUUUGGGCUCGGGAUCAUGGCUCCUGCUCGGGUUGGCCGGUUCCAGAUGUCUAAUCUCUCAGAGCCCUCAAAAGAAGAUGGUUCAGUCGAGAAAACUGGAGCUUGGAAUAACACAUGGAGCACUCUUAUGCGCCACGCUUCAGUCUAUGGUGUGGCUGCUGGUUAUUGCCUGUCAGCAUCUCUGCUCUCCAUUAUCAACAAAUGGGCAAUCAUGAAGUUUCCCUACCCUGGAGCACUGACAGCUUUACAGUACCUCACUAGUGUUGCUGGAGUUCUCCUGUGUGGACAGCUAAAGCUUAUUGAGCCUGAUAGGCUGAAUUUGAGGACCAUGUGGAAGUUCUUACCUGCUGCUGUUAUGUUCUACAUCUCAAUCUUCACAAACAGCGAGCUCCUGAUGCAUGCCAAUGUGGACACUUUCAUCGUGUUUCGGUCUGCUGUGCCGAUAUUUGUGGCCAUUGGGGAGACACUUUACCUUCACCAACCAUGCCCAUCAUUCAAGACAUGGCUCUCACUUUCCACUAUACUUGGUGGAAGUGUGAUAUAUGUUUUCACAGAUAACCAGUUCACCCUGACUGCUUACAGCUGGGCAAUAGCCUAUCUAGCGAGCAUGUCUAUUGACUUCGUGUACAUCAAACACGUCGUCAUGACCAUCGGGUUGAACACAUGGGGCCUUGUGCUCUACAACAACCUUGAGGCUCUGCUCUUGUUCCCCCUUGAGCUCCUUAUAAUGGGAGAGUUUAAUCAGAUGAAGGUGGACAGCUCCAAGAUGACAACAAACUGGCUAUCGUUCGACGUGGUCCUUCCUGUUGCUCUGUCAUGCCUGUUCGGGUUAUCAAUAUCCUUCUUUGGAUUCUCCUGCAGACGGGCCAUCUCUGCUACUGGAUUUACGGUGCUCGGUAUAGUGAACAAGCUCCUGACCGUCGUGAUCAAUCUGCUUAUCUGGGACAAGCAUGCGUCCCUUGUGGGGACAAUUGGGCUCUUGAUAUGCAUGUCUGGUGGUGUUCUCUACCAGCAAUCGACCACAAAGCCCAAGGUGCCCAAGAUCGAGCCAAAGGAAGAGGACGAUGAAGAGGGGCAGAAUUUGCUGCAGGUUCAGCCCGGGCAUGAGAGCAACUCAAGUCAAAAGCAUUCCUCCUGAUAAGCUUACUUUACCUUCCCUCGACAACCCAUUCGUGGUAUAUCUCAGAUGAGGAAUCUUGAACAUGCUGUAGAACAUCGGUGUUUCAAGAGAAACUAAAUUUCAUUCUACAAUAUCUUUGUUAUAUUAUACUGUUUUUCAUUGGUUAGACAGGAUUGUGGUGGUGGUGGUGUAGGGUACCAGACACCUCAACAUACCAGGGUCGAAUCCCCUGUAUACUGAACCAUGUAUUCUAUUUACCAAAUUCCAGAAAUACAAUGGAUGUACUUA